AUGAAUUCGGAAACCACGCUUGCAGAGGCUCUGCCUCCACCGUACAGCACCUUUAGCACUGCCAAAAAAAGAUACAUCGUUGCUACAGCUGCCGGGGCUGGUCUGUUUUCCUCCUUGUCGGCCCAGAUCUAUUUCCCAGCUCUGAAUACACUGGCCAACGACCUCAAUGUAUCAGCAUCCAUGAUCAACCUGACAGUAACAAGUUACAUGAUCUUCCAAGGAAUUGCGCCCAUGUUCAUCGGCGACUUUGCAGACAGAACAGGUCGUCGACCAGCCUAUAUCAUUUGUUUUAUUAUUUACAUCGCGUCAAAUAUUGGACUGGCUUUGCAGAAUAGCUACGCCGCUCUGAUUGUAUUGAGAUGUCUGCAGAGUUCCGGGAUCAGCAGUAGCGUGGCGCUAUCCGCGGCUACGGUGGCUGAUAUCAGCACGAAGCAGGAACGAGGAUCGAUGAUGGGCUUUGUGAUGGCUGGGAAUUUCAUGGGUCCCGCCAUUGGUCCGAUUAUCGGAGGUCUUUUAGCCCAAUAUCUGGGUUGGCGAUCGAUCUUCUGGUUCUUAACCAUCGCCUCCGGCGUAUUCCUAUUGCCUCUCCUCCUCUUCCUUCCCGAGACAGCCCGAAACGUCCCAUGGAAUCGGCCCUUGAUUCACCUUUUCUCUCGCCAUCAUGGCGACAAGCAGGAUCCUUCCGACAAGGAUAGCUUUGAUCGACCUGACAGCAGCGACUCGCCAAAGAAAACCAUUGAGCACAAACUCCAGUUCCCCAAUCCCCUGAAGCCCCUGAAACUUGUGUUCCAUCCAAACUCGAUCAUCAUUCUUUUGGUAACGGGAAUCAUCAUGGGUGGAAACAUGACGGUUCUCUCGUCUAUCACAGAGAUCUACACAUCGCAGUACGGCCUGGACGAGCUUGAGAUUGGUCUAUGCUAUAUCUCAUUGGGAACAGGGUCCAUCGUGGCCUCCGUUCUGACAGGGCGCCUUCUGGACUGGAACUACCGACGCAUGGCUGCCAUUAAAGCCGCCAAUUCCACAACUCCCGAACAAGACACAUCCCAGGAUUCAAUCCCCGUCGAGAAGGCCCGGAGUAUGAUUACCAUCCCCCUUGUUGUUCUCGGCAGUGUCACCGUGCUGGCGUUUGGCUGGGUUUUAAAGUACGGUGCGCCUCUUGCGGCUCCAGAGGUGCUUCUGUUCUUCGUUGGCGUUGGGCAGACUGGCGGUUUUAUCUCCACGUCUACCCUGCUGGUUGAUCUACACACCUCUAACCCGGCUGCUGCCACCGCUGCUAACAACUUGGUGCGGUCGUUCUUCUCGGCUGGGGCCUCAGCUGCCAUCGAUCCUAUGUUGACUGCCAUGGGUCGGGGAUGGACAUUUACGCUGGUGGCAUUUAUCUUGCUAGCGACAAUCCCAUUCCUGUUGUUGCUCUGUGGAAUGUGGCGUCAAAAGAAAGACUCUCCGGAGAGAUCUGAGGGCUGA